AUGACCCGAUUCCGACCCUGCAUCGACCUCCAUGCCGGCCAGGUCAAACAGAUUGUCGGCGGCACCCUGAGCGCCCAGGAAUCCGAGCUGAAGACCAACUACAUCUCGCACCAUCCGGCUGGACACUUUGCGACUCUUUACCGCGACGCCGAUCUGUCGGGCGCUCAUGUUAUCAUGCUGGGGCCGGGCAACGAACAGGCUGCGAAGGAGGCCCUCGCCGCCUGGCCAGGACGCCUUCAGGUGGGCGGUGGCAUCACCGAUGCCAACGCAAAGGAAUGGAUCAACGCUGGCGCCGAGAAGGUCAUUAUCACGUCGUUCCUGUUUCCGAGCGGCCGCUUUUCCCUAGAUCGACUGAAAUCCGUGCUCUCGACGCUAGGGGACGACAGGGACAAACUCGUCAUCGACCUCAGCUGCAGGAGGAAGGGCGAUACGUGGUUGGUCGCCAUGAACAAAUGGCAGACCAUCACCGAGAUGGAGAUCACCAGAGAGAGCAUCGGGAUGCUCGAGCCCUACUGUUCGGAAUUCCUCAUCCAUGCAGCCGACAACGAAGGUCUUCAGCAGGGCAUCGACACAGAGCUCGUCACGAGGUUAUCCGACUGGUGCACGAUACCAGUGACAUAUGCUGGUGGCGCCCGCACGGUGGCGGAUCUGGAUCUGGUGAAGCAGUGUAGUCAAGGCAAGGUCGAUUUGACCAUCGGCAGUGCUUUGGACAUCUUUGGCGGAAGUGGAGCCAGAUUCGAAGACUGUGUCAGAUGGAAUGCAGAGAAUGCCUGA